AGUUUGCAUGUGAAUUUCAUACUGAACGGUAGUAAAGAAUUUCCGUUUCCUACUUUCCCAAUGAGAUAAUAUUAAGACGGUUCGAAAAAUGUAUAAAAAGUUUCCCGAAACGAUUGCAAAUUUUCCUUUCCUUCCGGCUGGAUUAAGCUUCGGUUAUUUAUUCUUCCUACCAUGGAUUGAUGAAGAGCUUUACGAUUCUGUCACUUUUUGGCCGUUCUUUGCAAUGCUUUUCGCAAUUGUUGUGACAGCUUCUACCAUUUCAAUAACCAAGUUAAGCAGUGGGAAAUACAUUUUUGAACAUUUCAAAUACUUUUUCGCAACAAAUGUUUCGUUUAUUAUCGCUGGAAUUCUUUUCGUGGUGUUACGCGAUGAUUAUACCUAUAUAGCUUUAUUCUUCUGCGCGAUUACGAGUGGAACUGCUUUCAUGUCCGGACUCUCAUAUAUCAACAUUCGUUCGGAAAAACGUGAACGUCCCAUGAGACUUGCUUUAUGUCAUGUGUGGAAGUUGAUUGGAUUUGCUAUCGUCUUCACAGUUUUUAUUUACAGUCUCGACAAAGAUGGAUUAGCAACAGAUGAGACACUUGAGAAUUUUUAUAGAGUCAUAGGUUACAUUAUGAUAUCUUCAAGUGCAAUUUGAAUUGUUCUCAUGAUGCUUAAUGAGUUCAGUCAACGCAAGGAUGUAAUCUACAAUUACAAAGACUGUCUUGAUCAUGACAACUCGAUUGCCAACAAUUAUUGCAAACUGUUUUCUAAAAAUGAGGUCGUUAUAAAAAGAAUAGCAACUAUGUCUUCAUCAGGAAUGUGGAAAUCAACUGAAAAUCUUCUACCAGAGAAUAAGAAAAACUUUACAAACUUGUGGACAAUUUAUUUGAUGAUAACGAAGCUCCAUGGUGCCAUUGUGUUUCAUUCCUUCCUUAUGAUUUAUUCCAUUCAGACAUCGACAUCAUACGUAGAUGAUGUUUUGGGUAUGGGAAUAAUCGUAUGGAUGAUUGCACUCGGAUCUCUCAUCGGAUGCAUUUUACUACGUUUUAUUAACAGCAAAGACGUCUACACUUUGGCAUCAACUUUUGGAAUUCUUGCAAUUGGAAUUUCUUAUAUUUUCGUUUCCAAUGACAAUUACGUGAUUUCAAUUUGUUUAUGGAUCUACUUUUUUGCAAUAUCAACUGCAGUUGCAAUUCCUGAUAUUGCACUUCUUGAAAUAUCCAAAAUACGAUACAAUGAAGGUGCACUUGCUUUGGGAUUCUUUUUUGAGAUCAUCGCCAUCGCCGUUCUUCAAACAACUAUAGAAAAAUCUGUACUUUUAAAUCCUGAUAGUGAAGAAUAUUUACUUCAUAUUAUCGGAAUAAUUGUUGUUCUUGUUGUUACUAGCUUACUUUUCCAACUUCAUAUGCCAAACACAUACAACAAAUCGUUGCUUCAGAUUCAGAAUGAACUCCUGAAAUUUCACAAAUAUUUUGCGAUUUAUUUCGACAAUAGCCUUCCAAGAAGCUCUUCGGAAAACAAUGAAUAUUUGGAAAAUAAUACUGUGAAUGUUUUUGAAGACAACGCCAGAAAAAUAACAGAAGCUCAAGAUGUUUAUCCAUCAAAUGAUUACUCAGAAGUCAUGGAAAACAAGCUUCCCGACCCUCCUGUCAACAAAGUGAUUAAUUUUGAUUACAACACCGAUAUUCCUAAACCUCCACUCAUUAUACCUCGAGUGAACUAUUUCAAAGAAAAAAUGUCACUUUAUCAAAAUGAAUGAAAUUAAUUAUGUACAAAAUAUUUUGUUGCAUGUAAAUUGAUUUGAUUAACGUUAAAGGAAAAUUUCAGUUCUGAAAAUUUACAAAAUAAAAGAAUUAAACGU